CAGCUGCUGUUCCGGCCGUACUCCCCCGGCAUUUCCCUGUGGAAGGAUGGCAGGGAGCUGCACACUCUGGACCGCAUCGCCACCAGCCACUUUGAGAUCCCUGAUGAGGAGGAGGUAGCCAUGACCUCCACAUUCAGCAUCCGGGCUGCUCAGCGCUCGGAUAACGGCUCCUAUGUCUGCAAACUCAACAUCUCUGGCAUUGAGAUUGCAUCUGAUCCCAUCUUGGUACAGCUGGAAGGGCUCCCACACUUCAUUCAACAGCCUGAGAAGCUGAAUGUCACCAAGAACAGCCCCUUCAACCUCACGUGCCAAGCUGUGGGCCCGCCAGAGCCUGUGGAAAUCUACUGGUUCCGUAACAAUGUCCAACUCAACAUGAAGCCCUACAUCUCCCCAUCAGUGCUGACUGUGCCAGGUCUCAAUGAAACAGCACUGUUCAGUUGUGAGGCUCACAACAGCAAAGGGCUGACUGCUUCCAACCCUGGGCAGGUCAACGUGAAAGGAAUACCAUCUGCACCAAAAACUGUGCAUGUCCUGAAGAGAAUGGCCCACAGCAUUGUGAUCUCCUGGGUGCCAGGCUUCGAUGCGUUCUCUGCUUUGAACAGCUGCAGUGUGAAGGUCAAGGAAGCCGUUCCACGAAGCAAUGUCUCAUUUCUGCUCUUUAACACGUCGGUGCCUCCCCACAUGUAUCACAUCCAGCAGCUGUGGCCCAUGGCAGAUUAUAACAUUAGUGUUUCUUGCAAGAAUGAAGUCGGUUGGUCGGCAUUUAGCCCCUGGAUAACAGCCAGUACCACGGAAGGAGCUCCAACUACCCAGCCGCUGAAUGUCACAGUGUCACUCAACGAAUCCAGCUCCUUCCUGGAAAUCCGAUGGGUGAAGCCACCUCUUGAGAGGACACACGGGGAGCUGCAGGGAUAUCACAUCUGGCACACGUGGAUGGACUCCAAGGGGCUGAACGUCUCCUCGGAAGCCCAGCAUAAUGCCACCGUGGCCAUCCUGCCCGUGGUGGCCACCAAUGCCACCUGCUCAGUGCGUGUGGCUGCUGUCACCAAGGGAGGCGUGGGGCCCUUCAGCAGCCCGGUGGAGGUCUUUGUUCCUGCCAGUGGGUUAAUAACCUCAGCUCCCUCUUCAACACCAGCAUCUGGGAACACGGACUCCUUUAUAGUAGCACUGGGCUUCAUCUGUGGUACGGUUGCUGUCGGGCUGAUCCUCUGCUUGUCUGUGGUCAUCCAGAAAAGAUGCAUGGAAACAAAGUAUGGGAAUGCCUUCAGCAGAAAUGAUUCAGAGCUGGUGGUAAACUACACAGCCAAGAAGUCCUACUGCCGGAGAGCCAUCGAACUGACAUUGGGUAGCCUGGGCGUCAGCAGCGAGCUCCAGCAGAAGCUGCAGGAUGUCGUCAUUGACAGAAAUGCCCUCAGCUUGGGGAAAGUCCUGGGAGAGGGGGAGUUCGGGUCAGUGAUGGAGGGGCGUCUCAGCCAGCCAGAAGGCACCCCACAGAAGGUGGCUGUCAAGACCAUGAAAUUGGAUAACUUUUCCCAUAGAGAGAUAGAAGAGUUCCUCAGUGAAGCAGCGUGCAUGAAGGACUUUGACCACCCCAACGUCAUCAAGCUCCUAGGCGUGUGCAUCGAGCUGAGCUCUCAGCAGAUCCCCAAGCCCAUGGUGGUUCUCCCCUUCAUGAAAUACGGUGACCUGCACAGCUUCCUGCUUCGCUCCCGGCUGGAGAUGGCCCCCCAGUUUGUGCCCCUGCAGACUCUGGUGAAGUUCAUGGUGGAUAUUGCCCUGGGCAUGGAGUACCUGAGCAGUCGGCAGUUUCUCCACAGGGAUUUGGCGGCUCGGAACUGCAUGUUACGGGAUGACAUGACGGUGUGCGUGGCAGACUUUGGGUUGUCCAAGAAGAUCUACAGCGGCGAUUACUAUCGUCAGGGCCGAAUAGCAAAAAUGCCAGUGAAGUGGAUUGCGAUAGAGUCCCUGGCUGACCGUGUCUACACCACCAAGAGUGAUGUGUGGGCAUUUGGCGUUACCAUGUGGGAGAUAGCCACCAGAGGGAUGACUCCGUACCCAGGGGUGCAGAACCACGAGAUUUAUGAGUAUCUAUUCCACGGGCAGCGGCUCAAAAAGCCUGAGAACUGCUUAGAUGAACUGUACGAUAUCAUGUCCUCCUGCUGGAGGGCUGAACCUGCUGACCGACCGACGUUCUCGCAGCUGAAAGUUCAUCUGGAGAAGCUUUUGGAAAGCCUUCCUGCCCUGAAGGGGUCCGGGGACAUCAUCUACGUCAACACCAGCCUGCCAGAGGAGAGCCCCGACUCCACCCAGGAUUCGGGCUUCCCCCAAGCGGACUCUGACUUGGACACCGGGGACAUUGCUGAGCCCUGCUGCUCCCACACGAAGGCAGCGCUGGUGGCAGUGGAUAUCCACGAUGGGGGCUCGAGGUACGUCCUUGAGAGUGAGGGCAGCCCCACGGAGGAGGCUUACGUCCCACUGCUGCCCCACGAGGGCUCGGCAUGGACCGAGGCCAGCACCUUGCCUGCUGGCAGCUCGCUUGCAGCUCAGCUGCCCUGUGCUGAUGGCUGCCUGGAGGACUCUGAAGUGCUGCUGUGAAUGGAGCCUGCACAAAGCAGGGUGUGAAUCGGGACAGAGAGAUUUUAUUUUAAUAAACAGUCUUAUUUCUUCUUGCA